AUGGAGCUUUGCUCUAGUGUCGUGGAUCCGUUUCUGACAGGACUUUUCGAUGACCCUGAUAAUGGUGUCUAUCUGCGAUGGAUUGACGAGACCACCUUGACGGCUAAAAAGGCCGAUAUUUCCUCGAGGCCCCGUCCCGAUAGGUGCAUCACCAAGUCCGGUGGUGUCAAAUGGACCAGUAGCCUGGCUUAUGCUACCUUUUGCAAAGAAGCACUUGAUGAGCAACUUUUCAAAGGCAUAUUGGCGAUCCAGGUCAUUGGAAGAGCUGUGAUGUUCUAUGUACAUGCUUUACCGGGUCAAAGCCUAUAUACUCUGAUCUCUCUCGCGCGCGUCAGAAUUCCGGACAGCCUCGAAACUCUGCCCAGUAUGGUCACUGAGGUACCCGCUAUCCUCAAGGUCUUGGACGUCUUUGACAGACUUUGUGUUCCUGCGAGUCAAUCGGAGGUCAUCGCUUGA